GGAAACAUUGAUUAUUUGGCAGCUAUAGUUUAUCAAUAGAGUUUUUAGAAUAAGUAAUUAACAAAAAUUUAUUGAAAAAUGUCUGAAGAAGGACUCUGUAAACUAUGCAAGGAAAAUCGGGCGUUUGAUAUCGACCUGGAGAAGAGCAAAUUUAAAUUGGCCAACAAACUGCUGCAAAGACUCUUCGAGAGCUACAAAAUUGAUGUCACCAUCCUGGGAGACAAUUCCUGCAUUUGUGAACAGUGUUUUAACGAGGUUUUACAUAUAACUGAAUCCCUGGAAAGGUGGAGCAAAGCACAAAAAGAAAUUCAAGAAAAACCCCUUGACAUAGACGACUCCAUGGCGUUUCAGGUGAAAUCGGAGGUUGACUCUUUGCAGGAUGAGGGGGAAUUCCCCCGAGAAGAUGUCACUGAUCUGCCGGAUGAAGAUCAAUUGGGUCAAAACAAAGAAUUGGAACUGGUAGAGGAUGAGCUCUUUGAUCCCACGCCUCAAGAUUUCUUUUCCGUUGGUCUGGCACGCGAUGGUCUGGCGAUAACCAAGUUAUUUAAGGACAAGACCAAGACCACUAGGAUGCUGUGCACCUGUUGCGAUCAGGUCCUCGAAAUCCUGUCCCACAUCCGGAUGCACAGUGGAAAAGCACGGCCAAAUCCUGUCUACUAUUGCCGUGAGUGUGGCUCGGGUUUUCCCAAACUUCGCGAACUUCAAACGCACAUGACGACAAUGGACCACUUUAAGACCAGUGAUGGGGGCAGGGAUCUGGAAUUCCUUUGCCUAAAAUGCCACCAGCUAUUUCCACGAUUCUUCGAUGUCAUUCGGCACGAAAACAGCGUCCACAAUUCGUUAGAGUACUUCUGUAUGGAGUGCAACAUGUAUUUCAAGUUCCAAAGAUCCUACAAGUGUCACGUAAAGCAACACGGAAACAUGGAAACGGUAUUUUCCACCGCGGACCACGAACCGAAGAUAUAUGAGUGCCGCUAUGGGGACUGCGAUCGAAGAUUCCGUGUGUGGGGACGAUAUGUGCAGCACAUGAAGUGGCACAAGGGUGCACGAAACCUCCAUUGUCCCUAUCCCAGGUGUAAAGAAACGAUUCAGCCCGGCCAUUAUAUGAUGCACAUGAACUCGCGACACAAUCAAAAUGGUCGAUUCAUGACCAUUGAUCCCAGGAAACGGGUGGAGCCCGAUACCCGCCAGGUGCCAUACGUCAGGAGCCAAAUGCGACCCAGGGAGUUUCGCAAUCUUUCGGAAUCUCUUCUAACUGAUUAUUCCGGCGGGCAGUUUAUAAGUCUGGACAAGGAGUUAACUUUGCAGCAGGGAAAAUACAUAAAUGUUGACGGCAGUGAAUGCACAUAGCUACCAUUAAGUUACCUCAGCUAAAAAAUAAAUAAAUUAGUAAUUUUAUUUUAAGCAA